GUGCGCGCGGUGACGUGCCGGGCGCCAUGUUGGAGGGCUGGUGGUAGUGGCUAGGGGAGGCGUUCAUUCUCUCGGUCUCGCUCUCUCGCUCGCUUCCCCCGGCUCCCUUCGGUGCCCCCCUCCCGUCGCCUGCGUGCGGGAGUGUGUGCGAGGGAGGGGGUGGGCGUCGGGGGGGUAGGGGGAGGCGUUCCGGUCUCCAGACCCGCGGAGGGAGGCGGAGGCUGCGAGGGACGCCGGGAAGCCAUGGACAUCGAGAGGCUGCAAGAGGCGCUGAAAGAUUUUGAGAAGAGGGGGAAAAAGGAAGUUUGUCCGGUCCUGGAUCAAUUUCUUUGCCAUGUAGCCAAGACUGGAGAAACAAUGAUUCAGUGGUCCCAAUUUAAAGGCUAUUUUAUUUUCAAACUGGAGAAAGUGAUGGAUGAUUUCAGAACAUCAGCUCCUGAACCAAGAGGUCCACCCAACCCUAAUGUCGAAUAUAUUCCCUUUGAUGAAAUGAAGGAAAGAAUACUGAAAAUUGUCACUGGAUUUAAUGGUAUCCCUUUUACUAUUCAGCGACUAUGUGAAUUGCUAACAGAUCCAAGGAGAAACUACACAGGAACAGACAAAUUUCUUAGAGGAGUAGAGAAGAAUGUGAUGGUUGUUAGCUGUGUUUAUCCUUCUUCAGAAAAAAACAAUUCUAAUAGUUUAAAUCGAAUGAAUGGUGUUAUGUUUCCUGGAAAUUCACCAAGUUAUACUGAGAGGUCUAAUAUAAAUGGGCCUGGAACACCUAGGCCACUUAAUCGACCAAAGGUUUCUUUGUCAGUCCCCAUGACAACAAAUGGCUUGCCUGAGAGUACAGAUGGCAAAGAGUCAAACUCACAGCAAAGUGAGGACAAAAACCACAGUGAAUCUCUGACAUCUGAAUCGGAAGGUUCCUCAAUGAGCCCUAUAAAAAAUAAACAUCCAGGUGAAGAUGCUGUGGAAACUGAAGGGCGUGAGGUGAAAAGACUUCGGUUUGACAAAGAAAGUGAAGUCAGGGAGACAGCCAGUCAGACAUCUUCCACUGAAAUUUCUUCAGUUAUGGUAGAAGAAACAGAAGCAUCAUCUUCAUCUCAGGAUAAAGACAAAGAAAGUAGUUGUACCAGGCAGCACUGUUCAGAAGAGGAAGAAGAGGAGGAGGAGGAGGAGGAAGAAGAGUCUUUUAUGACAUCAGGAGCAAUGAUCCCAGAAAGAAAAAAUCAAGAAAAAGAAUCUGAUGAUGCCUUGACUGUGAAUGAAGAGACUUCUGAGGAAAAUAGUCAAAUGGAGGAAUCUCAUCUGACUCAAUCAGAAAAAGAUUUACAUUCUGAAGAUAGUGAAAAUCGAGGCCCUGUAAGUAGUGGUUCUGAGUGCGGUGAAACAGAAGGAAUAGUAAGAUCCAAUUCCAGUAAAACUGGAGAGAUUCUCUCAGAAUCCCCCAGGGAAAAUGACCACAAAGCCCCAGAAGUCACAGAUGAACCAAUGGAACAAGACUAACUAUUUAGAAACAUUUAGAUGGGUAUUUUACAUACAGUUCUGGUUUUACACUGUAUAAAACUUUUAUGUAAUAAAGUGGACCUUUAGUUUUACAAGAGAAGCAGGUUGUAAAAUAAUGUACUUUGUGGGAUAAAUCCUGAAAGAGUUGUACAUGUAAGAACUGAGUAUCAGCUCCUCUGGGUCCUGCUUACCGCUGACUUUUUUUGGUUUGGUCAAAUCAGUGGUUUGUGUAUAGAUUUUCUUUUUUUUUUAAUUUAGAAUUAAAGUUUUUAAACUGGAAAGUAAUAAUUAUAAUUUUGAAAACCUUUUGGAGAUUAUUUAGUUUAUAUGCAAGAAAGCAUUCUGUCUUGUCUCUGACAGCUCUAGCAGUUUUCACAUUUUGGUCAUAGUUUCAGCAUUUUAACAUGUGAAUUUUAGGGUUUCAUGCUGAUUUCCAGAUUUUAUUAUUUGACUAUGUACAAUGGAACUUUAAGUCAUACACACACACACACACACACACACACACACACACACACACACACAUACACUAUUCUAAAGGGGAAAAUGUUAUAUUUUUCUGUUUCUAUAAGAGAUGAAUACUACAGUGGAUAGUUUUUCUAUUGGUAAUGAUUAAGUUCACCUCUUUCAGAAGACAGUUUCUCUUUUGAGUAAUUCAAAUAAAAUCUGACCCUUGUGAAACCCUGAAAAUCUUAUCUGUUGAAAUACCAGGUUAAAUACAUUCCGAGAGAUCUGUUCAAAUUAAAAUUCUUUUGUAUACUUCUGAGGUGCCUGAGAAAAAGACUUCAUUAUUUAUGAGAAAAUGUGCUUUUUCUUGGAAAUUGUGUUCAAACAUUAGUUUACUGUUUUGUAGAAUGAAUGCUGGUAAAGCUGACAUGAGAACAUCUCUGAAGAAUCUGUUAGGUUCCUUAAUCUUUUUGCUUGCCUUUCUGAACAUUGUGAAUAUUACACAUUUCUUUCUAAAUUAUUCUAGAGUAUGCAAAUGUCAAUGAUAUGAAACACCCACUGUACUGGAAGAAUUAAUAUAUUACUUUAGUAAUGUACUGGAGCUAAGUGACUGAAAAUUUAGGGGUGCAUAGAAACCACCAUAAUUUGUAUGACAUUUUGAAGUGAAUUAAAUAUUUUUGAACAUGCUUCUUCGGCAGCCAGUGUUAUAUUUUUCAGAUCAACACAAAGCACAAUGAUUACUCUAAAUUCAAUAUUUUCAAAUUCACAUAUAAAAAGUCAUGCAAACUGCAACUUCCCUAUCAUAAUUACUGGCUGCCAAAUUUAUACCUGUUUUCUUCAGCUGUACCUUUUGAUAUUUAGAAUUUUUAAAUUUCUGUAAAGUAGGUUUUGUAGAAUGUAAUGUGUUCACUGCCUUUGUGACGCGGUAUAUAACUGUAUAAUUUCUGUGUGUAAACUGAAUGCUUGGGCUUUCAAUACAGUAUUCAUAUAAAGCAAUAAAUACCAAUGUUAUGAAAUAUUCGAGUACAUUUUUAUCAAAAUAUAAAAGAAUCCCUUUUUUAGUUUCAGAUACCUGAAGUACACAUGAACUUAUAAAACUCCAAACAGUUUUUGACACUGUAUCAUAUGCUUUUGGGUGAUUUGGGUGGCAACCACAAGUUUUGCAUUUUGACUAUUUAAGUUGCUAUGACUGAAAAUACCAAAAUGAUUUGGCUCCGUUUGUUUGCAGGGUAAUAUACUACUGACUGACUUGACUGUCAGGUUCACAGCAGCUAGAUGAUAUAUUUAUGAAUAUGUCUACUAGUUGAAAUAAAAACAUUUACUCUACCCAAGAGGGGAGAAAAAUCACAUACUGUAAGAUUUUUUUAAAUUUUUACAAAAUUGUUAAAAUGAAGCAAAUUUUAAAUGUGACAUUCAUUUUUAGUGACCUGUUACUUUAUUUUGUUGAGGGAUAUUUUGCCAGUGAGAACAGAUUGUAAACAUUUUAAGUUAAGAAAUCUUGAAAUUUCCUUUAGAAUAUUUAUGAAGUUGUCAAUAAACCUGUUCUUUUAAGA